GAAAACUUUGCAGCAGGUCGCGAAAAUCUGACAACGGAUUUUAGCAUCCCAGGCUUUGGCAGGGUUUGCUUUUUUUAAGACUUUUCCUCAAUUUUUUUAACCCCGUUUUAUUUUUUGAAAAAGGGAAAGAAUAAUCCAAUUAUUCCUAAUUAAAUCUGGUUAGCUCAGCACCUCAAUCGUCGUGCCACAUCUGGCAGUCUCCUGAUAGCGUUUCGUGUUCGUUGUAUUUUAUCAGCAAAUCACUGCCGUAAAUUAUCGUACAUUGGAUUUUGAUCGUAUCGUUCCACUUGUAUCGCUUUUGUCAGUGGUGGUGUCCUUGUCACGAGCUGUAGUUCUUCCAGAUAGACUGCGUUGUUUUAAUCCAUCGAAUCUAGCACUGAAAGUUGAAACGCGUAUCUCUGUGAUUUGAAUUGGGGUUUUUCUCGUCUGAUGAAAUCGCUGACGAUUCUCGGAGUUCCUCGCUGAUUUGGUGAAUCCUUGUUAGGAACAGUCGAAAUUUUGGUUGCCCAUUUUGUCCAGAAGAUAAUUAGAGUUUUGUGGAAGCUUGCAAAUGGACGUUUUCCAUCAGCUGCACGGCGAAAGCCUGCGCACACUGCAGGAUGUCAUGACGGAGCAGCGUGAGCUCCUCGUGCACAACGCUGAAAUAGCCAAGUCCAGUAUCAAGAAGGCCUUCGGGGAGUACAUUGAAUGGCUGCGAGAGCGCGAAGCUGUGCUAACGCGUGCCGUUGACCGCGCCGUGGAGUCCAAUUUAUCCCGCUGGCAGUUGAGUGUCUGCGAGACGCUGGUAUCACUGCGGACGCUCAAGGAAUCCGUGGAACUGCUAGAUGAUCCCGAGGGAUGUGAUGCGGGGACGUCGCGGGAUGUCAAAGACCAGAUUGAGCGACUGCUGCGCGAUAUGAGUCUUGCCAUGCAGAGUGAUUUGAAGACGGAGCACGUGGUGAAAUUUGAGGAAAGCGGACGAGCAGCGCUGCAGGCAGCUGUUGACAACUGCGGAGAAGUCUUUGAGGCCAGUCAGGCGGCGGCUGCUCCCGCCAAAACGUCCAAGUGGAGCAACUGGCUGCAUUCGAGCGUUAAUUUGGAGCACCUGGAAGAGCCGGAACUCCCGUACGACUUUGACGAUCUGGGCGCGAUUAUGUCGACGUCGAAGAUGCUGCAGUCCAGUCCCACGGUGGAGAAGAAGCCGCUGAUGACAGCGAUGGUGAUCGCGACGACUGCGCCGAAGGAGGGAAAAAAUUCGCUCGUCGACGCGAUGACGGGCCAUUUCGCCACCAUCAUGUCCACGUCGAUGGAUCAGUGGCUGAAAACGCCGCCGUCGCCGCUGCCAGCGACUCCGCUGCUGCAGACACAGUUGUCUACCGGCUCAGCGAACAAAAAACGCCAGGUGUGCCCCGGUGAAACGGGAAACUGUACCCAUGCGGAAAACAGCUUGGAAAUCGAGAACCUGGACCAGCUGCGCUGUAUUUCCCCGGUAUCCAAGGAUUUGCAGACCUGGCUGAUGCAGCCGGAUGUGGUGCAGCUGCCACCGGUGGUGGAAGUGUGCCGAGCGGAUCGACCCUGCCAGUCGCUGACGGAAUGCCACGGCACCAACCACUGCCUCAACUUCUUCUACUCGCUGUCGCGCCGCACGGAAGACUGGCUGUCGCCCACAGCCAGCCCCAACAGUUUCUCGCUGGUGGACAGCGAUUGUGCCUCGGUGGUGACGUCGGUGAGCGAUGGGAAGUCGGAGGACUACGAACUGAUCAACACUGCGGCGCGGAUGAUGGAGCGGCGGGGCGAGACUUUUAUCCAAUCUGCCAGGACAGGUGCGCGCCCGCGCGUGGCGUCGGUCAGUGAGGAGCUGGUCGGCUGGUUGAAGGACGGCGGCGGCGUCACCCAGGGCGGGUGGUGCGAGAGCCGCGACUGCUGUAUGAACAGCGGGAAGAAUAUUGAGGAGUGGCUGCUGAAGGCCAACUGAACGGGUGAAUUUUAUCAGGGAAUUUAUUGGGAAAUUCGACGGGGAUUUUGUGGAAUGUUUCAGCAAAAAUGCGGGAAAUAAUGGAGAGUUGAGCGGAUUUGGAAAGGGACGGGUUUUUACGGUUAAAAAAUUUGGAUUAGUUUCCCAUAAAAGUUAAAAAAUAAUUGCCUGUUUUGCGAUUUUCUCUAUAAAAUUAUUUUUAAAAAUUCGGGCGGAUAUUUCUUUUGUGGCGGAAUGUGGGGAAAGAGUGUGGAAUAGAUUGACUUAUUUUUUUGACAUACGGCUUAAAAGUACAGUACUAAUUUUAAUAUGCCACGUGAAAUUUGAUUAGCGGUUGUGUAUAGUUCAUUAAUUUCCCCUGUGUAGGUUUUCUUGUUUAUUUCUAAUCCGGCGUUAGUUUAUUAAUUAUCAGUGUGUGCUGUGCUUAGAGAAUUGGCGCUCUGUGUCGUGUGUAUAGUCUGUAUGGUACUCGAUGUUGGAAACAAAUCACAUGCCAGACAAACACGCAUUUGCGAUGGUUAGACACGGAACCAGUUCGUGUUCCGUGUGUGGGUUCGGUGGAUUCUGUGCGGUUCUUCAUGGUGGGGUUCAUUGUGCGCGUUUGAGUAAUUUGGCUGUGGUUUGUCGCUGGUUUUGUGUCUCUGGUAAUGAUUUUUCUUUUUGCUGUGUGUGUUUACUAAUAAUUUUCGUUUCUCGCUGGAAAUAAAUUUCAGGCUUCCGA